AUGGCUCCCUCUGCCAUCGACGAGGUGCCACAAACCCCAGGGCGCAACCCUCCCAAACCUCCGCCCAAGCUAUGGAGCGUGUCGGAACCGCCGUUCGAAGGCUUCAGGGCCGUCGACAAGGACGGUUGGGCGCAAAGUAACAGCGAAACCGCAAUAGUCAUCGAUAAUGGCUCUUCAGCAGUUCGCGCAGGAUGGUCUUUCGACUCGAAGCCUCGAUUAUCCGUGUUGCCCAACAUGGCCAGGUAUCGCGACCGCAAGCUCAACCGCACCUUUACCUUUAUCGGAUCAGAUGUCUAUGCCGACGGUACCGCACGAGGACAAUCCAAGCCCGUUUAUGAGCCGGGCAGCAACAUUGUCAACAACUGGGACGUCAUGGAGGGUGUGCUAGACUACUGCUUUGUCAAAAUGGGUGUGGAUGGUCAAUCAGGGCGCAUAGACCGGCCCAUUGUCAUGACAGAGCCCAUUGCAAACUUGGGCUAUUCAAGAAAGACCAUGUCGGAAAUUCUGUUCGAGUGCUACGGCGCACCAUCCGUCGCAUACGGCAUCGACUCGCUCUUCUCCUACUCCUACAACGGCGGUCGCAGCGGUCUAGUCAUGGAUUCAUCGUAUACCUCUACCCACGUCAUUCCCGUUGUAAACUCGAAGCCGCUAUUAUCACAAACCACUCGUCUCAACUGGGGUCGCUUCCAGUCUGCACAAUACCUGCUAAAGCUCUUGAGGCUCAAGUACCCGACAUUCCCUGGUAAGAUAAGCGACAACCAGGCCGAGGAUCUCGUUCGCGAACACUGCUAUGUAUCGCAAGACUACGAGACCGAUCUCAGCCACUACCUGGACUGGACGGGGCUUGAGGACCGAGACCACACAGUUCAGUUUCCCUAUACGGAGCAGAUUGUAGUGCAAAAGACGGAGGAGGAGCUCGCUGCAGCAGCAGAGAAGCGUAAAGAGAGCGGUCGAAGACUACAAGCUCAGGCUGCAAAGAUGCGUUUGGAGAAGCUGAAGAAGAAGGAAGAGGAAUUGGAGUGGUGCAUACAAUUGCAGGGCCAGCUUGAAGAGAUUACUACAAAGAAGGAGAAGGCGCGGGUACUCGAAUCGAAUGACUUUGACGAUGAGAACCAACUCAACAAGCGCGUCAAGGAACUCGAAUUUGCCAUUAAGAAAGCUCGAAAUAAGGAUCUAGGCGAGGUAGAAGAGGAGCAAGUUGAAGUGCCCACUUUCCCGCUCCUCGACACUCCAGACGACCAGCUUGACGAAGAAGGCAUCAAGCAGAAGCGACAGCAGCGUCUGAUGAAAUCCAACUACGAUGCCCGGCAGCGCGCAAAGGUCGAGAAGGAAAAAGAAAAGGCACGGCUCGCAGAAGAACAGCGGCUCGAUGAUGAGCGGAGAGAAACAGACCCUCAAGGCUGGAUAGACGAGCGCCGCAUAGCCCGCCAAGCCAUCAUCCAGAAGAUGAAGGACCGCGAGCGACUCAAAGCCGAACUAGGAAACCGCAAAUCUCUCGCCAACCAAAUGCGCAUGAAGUCAAUCGCAAACCUUGCAUCAGAUGCGCCUACCAAGAAAAGGCGGCGAGGAGGUGGAGACGAUGAUACCUUUGGUGCUGACGAUGCCGACUGGGGCGUCUACCGCACCAUCGCCACGGGCGAAGGUUCUGAUGACGAAGAAGAAGAAGAUCUCUCCAAGAACCUCAAAGAGAUUGAGUCCCAACUUCUCAAGCACGACCCCAACUUCACCGAAGAAUCAACGCGCGAAGCCCAAACAGACUGGACCAAGAGCAUUCUCCACGCCUUCCUCCACGGCCCCUACCCCUUCGACUCUGAAUCCCAAAGGGAAAUCAACCAAAUCCACCUCAACGUCGAACGUAUCCGCGUUCCAGAAGUCGUCUUCCAACCCACCAUUGCCGGUCUCGACCAGGCAGGAAUCGUGGAAAUUGCAUCAAACAUUCUCACCGAACGCCUGGCUGAAUCACCCCACCGUGACGAUAUACUCAAAGACAUAUUCCUUACCGGUGGCAACACAAUGUUCGAGGGUUUUGAAGACCGACUGAGAGCAGAGCUACGCGCUGUGCUGCCUGCCGAACAAACGAUCCAGGUUAGGAGGGCAAAGGACUGCGUGCUGGAUGCUUGGAAGGGCGCAGCGCAGUGGGCGAACAGGAAGGAAGCGAAGAGGGACUUUGUGACGAGGCAGGAGUUCUUGGAGAAGGGGGCUGAGUAUAUCAAGGAGCACGAUUUGGGUAAUGCUACAUACUAGGGAGGGGUGGUUUGUAUGGAUAUUGAAGGUUUGACUCAUUAUUGAUCAGGGAUUGUAGUAUUAGUAUUCUAUUAGGCUGAAUAGGCGUUUUCAUUUGCUUAAAGAAGUAGGUUAGCUUUCAAUGGUCCCUAUAAAUGGGGUUUACUUGU